GAAUUGUGAAUGUAAAUAAAUCGAGACGCUCAUUUUAUGUGUAUCGUUACGUUUCUUUAAGUGUGUAGUUCUUCAUCUUCUCGGAUCUACAAACAAAAUCUUGUUGGUGGCAGUGCAACUGCUAUGGUUGCACCGACUACUACCUGGCAGUCACUGGCAUACAAAACUAACACUGCACAGCAUUAUCGGUUUUUCGGCAGAAUAGUGAAGCAAAGUGCUACCUAUCAUACUUAUUCUUACUUUUUCUUUUCACCACCACCAUUAAACACUAAUACCAUGAACAUGUAGGUAUAAGAUUAGCGAAAAAAGGUGUUGUUUGAGGGAUUUGAAACAUCAAACCGCGUGAUAUUACCAUAUUUUUUGGAUUGUUUAGGUGUGAUCCAAAUUACUAUUCAACUGAUGAUUAAGAUAGAUAGACCGGACGACAAUCAUACAACUUUACUUUUGGUUAGAUGCUGGUAGGAGGACAAGAGUAAUUGUUUCUUUUGAUUUCACAGUAAAUAUUUUUGGCUUUUGCUUCGGAACACGCAAAAAAUUUUAUCUGUUGUAACACAUCCACUAUUCUGGCAUCAUAUAAGAAAAUUUGACAUGCUUUUGCUUGCGUCAAGUAUGUUUUUAUUGACUUUUCAUGAUAGAAAUACAUCCGCUACGAACAACGUCAACACUGUAAUGUAAUGACAAUCACUUGAUCUUUCGCGUUUACUUUGGCUUCAAAGCAGGAAAUAAUUUUUCUAUAAGUUCUUUAACGACUGGUUUUAGAUUUUUGUAUCGUAAUGAAGGGCUUUUCUAAGUCUAAAAAGUGAGACAGACGAUUUGUUUUUAAAUUUUUCCGGCGUUACGGCGUGAUGGACUUUUUAAAGGAAAAAAUAGUCUUUGUCGAUCUCGUUUGUUGCAAACCGUAAGAAGUUUGUUGUAGUCUGUUUUUUUUUUCUCAAAAUAAUGGAACGAAUUCUGUGUAUCAGCGGCAUUAAAUUUUCUUAAACUGUAUUGAUGAUGGUCCCAACACUACGAUAUUCUCAUUUGUCAUCGUAGUCGAAUAUUAUUCAAAGUCUUUUUUAAAAUCAAUGUCAAUUAUCGUUGUAAAAUCCGCACACGAUCAGUCGAAAUUGGGAUGUCUCAUCCAACAAAUUCUGUAUAAAGGAAGAAUUUUGUAAAUAUAAGUUUACGUCAAGUAUAUUUUAUUGGCUUUUCAUGAUAGAAAUUCAUCUGAUACAAACAAUGUCAACACUGUAAUUUAAUGAUAAUCACUUUUACAUUUCCAUUGGCUUCGAAGCACGAACUAAUUUAUCCGUGUCCUUUAACGACUGGUUUUGAAUUGUUGUAUUGUAAUGAAAGGGCUUUUCUCAGUCUAAAAAGUGAAGCAGACGAUUUGUUUUUAAAUUUUCCCGACGUUUCGGCAGAUAUUCUCAUUUGUCAUCGUAGUCAAAUAUUAUACUAUUAAUCUUUUCUAAAUGAAAUGUCAACUGUCGAUGUAAUAUCCGCUCAUCCAACGAAUUAUGUAUAAAGGAAGGGUUUUUUUUAAUAUAAGAUUUAAGAUCGAGCCGAAAACCUUGCAACUACAAUCAAUUUAAUCCGCUAAGCACAGUCAGCUCUGGUCAUAUUAUUUGCUAACAAUUAAUGAUGUCAACCAAUGAAUAAUCACACUUUUAGUCAUCACAGGAAAGUUUCCAAGUUUCGGCACUGUUGUAGCAAUCAAAGUGCAUCGUCACUUGUUUUCUUUACCUGUACGACGGUAACGAGUCCCCUUUGUUCGUAACUGGUGGAAAUCAAGUCGAAACGAGUCACCAUUUUACCACCCACGAGUUUUGUACGAAAAAUUCUCCCAACGGUCCCACCGCUUUCGGUCGUCGUCGUCGUCGCACACACUCAACAUCCGUGGUGGUCACUAGUAUCAGCAUGGUUGUAUAGAAAAAAAGGAAGCGAGCGGACGAGGGUGAAUCGCAGGCGGAUGGAUGACCGGCGCUGUUUGGCAGUGUGUGCAAACGGCGAUGACGAAAACGGACGAAACGUGUUUGCGAAAUGCGAGAGGGAGAGUCAAUUUAAAUCGCUGCUGAUCGCCUGCUGUUCAGAUCCCGAUGCGUUCCGCACGAAGAAGUGAGAGACGAAUGUGUGUUUGUAUAUAUAGUACCUGCCCUGGUAGGCCAGCAGGCUGGCAGGCAGACAGGCAGGAUGCGAUGUAUCUGCCUGGCUAUAACAAGAAAGCAAGUGUUCCUCCGGUGUGUGUGUGCGCGCGAGAGAGAGAGCAAGGGAAAUGCGAGUGUGUGUUGAGCGCUGUUCGGCCCGUUCGGCGUAGCGUAGUGGAGUGGAGUGAGAAAGUGUGUGUGCGCGGCACCGCCGCCACACCGUUGAAGCAGCUAUCGCUAAAAACACAACGUCUUCGCUUCGCGUGUACGAGAGCCCACCGCCAAAAGGACACCGCUCGCUCUCGCCAUAGGCGUACGAAGGAAGCGAUCGUCAUGCAGAAGCACAGCGACCAGCAGCAGAGCGAAAGGAGCGCGCACGAGAGAAACACACACGCGGUGGACGCGAGCGAGAACGAAAACGAGUGCGUUGGAAAGUGCAAAACGCAUCUUUUUCUAUCAUCCCGUCAUUUCGGUACGCUUAUUUAAAUUUCCAACUUAGUUGUGUUCGAGAAACGUGACGCGAAGGAUGCUUGGUCAGCAGUAAAGCAAGCAGGAGAGCCAGCAGCAGUAGUAGUGUUUGCCGGCCCGUAGAGAAAACAUCUGAAGAAUAGCAAACCAAAAGAAACGGCGACGACCGCAAAUCAGCGAGCGAGUGACGGACAAAGGGAACGGAAACAAUUAGCUGAUUGUGUAUUAAUGCGGAUUUUUUUUUUUGCCCCGAGUGGAGAUCGCUCGGGUCCCUUUUGUUUCUACCGCGCGAUUGUGAUCGCAGCAGAACAGUGGAUUACCGAAAAGAUCUUGAUAUCGCUUGCUUGCGUUAGUGUACUUUGAUUUGAAAAAAAAAAUCAAAUAGAAAACGCCACGUUUCUUGUGAUUUCGCAAAACGAACUGUGAAAAUUUUUGAAAAGUGAUACCUUUACCCUGGAGUACUAAACAUUUUUGACUGCUUUCAAGUGACCGUUUGCUGAGCGAAAAAAAAAAUUGCUAACAAAAAAAGUGAAAAAUCUUUCAAAAGUCUGCCAAGGAUUAUAUACCCACACUAAUUGCAACGUUCUGUCGUUGAGUGUAGUAAGGUUGGACUGCGAAACAAACAAGGCUUCUUACGGUUGCCCCAAAUCCGCGACGUCUCGGUCGUCCUUUAUUUUUGCGCUUUACGGUGCCUUGGUUGACUCUCAUCGCGAGUACGUGAGGAUUCGGCAAAAAAAAUAAAAAAUUCGCCGCAAUAUAAUCACAGCCACCGCCAGCAACAACAGAGUGAAGUAAGAAGAAAAAAAAUUAGUGAAGAGUGCCCCCCCUCACCCUGCGGUUCCACGUAUCAGACGAAGAAAAACUCAGGAGCAGCGGAAAAUAACAUAAGAUUCUUUUUUUUUGUUGGUGCGAACCGGCCUUAUCCGCGAAAGACGCGCGAACCCUCGAGAAAAUAUAACGACGAAAAAAAAGGAAGAAGCAAAAAAAAACGCAACGCCAGUGUGUUGUUGUGCCCGGUGUGUGCUUAAGUAAAUUGGUGCUCAGUGUCCUCGCCGUAGUCGUCGUCCUGGUGCAAGUAAGGCCCAGGUCCUUCCAGCUUCGUGCUGUCGUUAGAUUUUCGCGCGCGUGUUAAGGCUGCCGCCUUCUGCACGGGGACCUUUGCAUCCCUGCCGCAGAACUUCAGCCCAACAAACCCAGCAGCCCUAAUCGUGGACCAGCAGCAUCAGCCGCAAAGGCAUCACCGUCUUCCCCAUCAUCCUUCCUCCGCAGUAGCAGCAGCAGCAGUAGUCGAGGCAGCCACGGCAGCAUCUUCACGAGCACUAUCAGCAGCCCCGCACUCCACCACCCUGCAACUCCAACAGCAACAACAACAGUCCCCAGCAGCUCGUGCCGGUUGGGAUUGUAAUUUAUAUUCACGCACGACGACGCACUUCAAGAUGAUGAUGGCAACGAAGGGCAAACGCCCCUUGCGGCAUCUCACGGCAACGGAUAAGAUCGAUGCCAUCCAGCGGAUCCACGAUGGGGAAUCCAAAGCAUCGGUUGCCCGGGAUAUCGGUGUUCCGGAGUCCACCUUGCGGGGAUGGUGCAAAAAUGAGGAAAAACUCCGGUACAUGUCCCGUCAAUCUGCGGAAAAUGCAGAAAAGUUGACCAACGAAGCUACCGCGGCCGCUCUAACGGCCGUCGCAGCUGCAGAGUUAUUCAACGGACCUCCGGAGAAACGUCUAAAGCUAGAGCAGGGAUUGUUCGGGAAUGGCAAAAUGAAAUACGACGAAAGUUUCUACAAAAAUCCCAGAGGACCCAUGAAUGGGUUGGAUUUGAGCGGGGGUGACAAGGGGUUAGGUGUGUCAGGAGGGGACAUCAUCAUGAACGGACUGCACGGUGCGGACUUCAGUUCAUUCGCUAAGACAGCAGCGGAAAUUUCCGCUUUGAGUAAAUCCAAAGAGCUCAAUCUCAAAGGAUACGGUGCCGAUCUUAGCAAGCACGGAGAUCCCACCAAAGCAGAUCUGUCGAUGGCUGCUAUCAGUCCGUUGACCAGUCUAAGUCAUUUGUCCGGAAUGUCCAGUCUGGCUCAGAGCCCACUGGCGUUGAGCUUCAACGAAAUCGCUACCAAUCUCAAUUUGAUUGCACAGCUCAACAACAAUCACAACUUGGCCACAAUGUCCAACCUGGGAGGAAUGAGUGCUGCCCAAUCGUUGCGUAAUGCUCGCCCGAAAGCCAAUACUAGUCAGAGCCCACGCACAUCGAGUCUAGCGGAGACUAACGGGGCCGACAAAACUCCUUCGCUGACAGUUCGUAACUUGGCCAAAUUGCAACAGAAAACUUCCGGCGAUCUCAGUAACGGUAUGCUUCAUGGUAUUAAUCUGAACGACAAAUAUAAACAACAAUCAUCUGCUGCCCCUCUAGGUCGUGAUCCGAAUGCACCGGUCGACGAAGCGCUCUGGUAUUGGCUCAAGUCUCAGCAGGCUAUGCUCGGGUUAAACAAUCUCUACUCAUCGAUGCCCCGCCCAGCGAGUCCCCAGCAAAGUUCCUCGCCACCCCAACAACACCAACAGGUUCAGCAUCAUCCGUCGACGCAAACCCCUACACCACCCAUCGUUUCGACCCCUCAGCCAACACCACCAUCGUCCGCUCCGUCACUAACUCCGGAAGAUACGAAAAACUCUUCCUGGUUUUGGCAGUGGUAUAAAACAUUCGGUGCAUCGUUGAUGCCCGGUGAUAAGUCCAACAACAACACAAUUAAUGCUAAUGCCAACUCGAAGCCAACCUCGUACGAAAACAUCCUUUACUCUCAGCUCACCAAAGGCCAAAACUCAACCGAUUCGCUCAACAACAAUGCUCAACCAAUUAAUCUCAAUAUCAACAGCUCAGCGGAUCCGGAAAACCUCAAAUCUGAACCGGAGGAUCUCUCAAAUCACCACAACUCCAUAGCUAAUCUGGUCACUUCUCCCGACGAUCAUAAUCGCUUCAAUCCAAGUCCUUCGACAAGUUUGAAAUCGGACCACAAAGCGGAAGAAGCAGACGAACAACCGGACAGUCGCGGCAUCGAAGAUCAACCCGAAGAAUCGACCAACUGCAAUGGGAAAGUUAAAGAGGUGUUGGAUAAUCUGUUUCAGAACCAAAGCAGUAACGAUCGGACCACCAGCCCAUCGGCUCGUCGUUCCGUUAGUCCUGUUGUGAGCAGCAAUCACAAUGGAAAUAGCAACCAGGACAACGGAGAUCUGAUUACCAGCAACGGUGCCGAUGAUCAGAAGAGCGACAUCUCCGAAGAUUCCAAUCAUCUGCUGGCGGUGGUCGACAUAAAAAGCUCUGCCGAUGCAGUCGAACAUGGUGAAAAGUUCCUGAAGUGGCUCGAAUCCUGCAGCGAUCCGAACGUGACCGCCAUGCAGGUCGUGCAGUUCAAGUAUUUGCUCAACAGUAUCAAACUGAGUGCUGAACGACAGCAGCAACAGGCCGCAACCUCCAGUACCGGUGCGGCUGGUGGAGAGGAACGCACCCGGGUACGACGGCGAAAGUAGAUCUCGUUCGCUCGGGCAGUAGUAGUAGUAGUAGUACGUCCUGGCGUUGUAAAUAUAUCCGUAGUUCCCCAACAGUCCAGUCUAAAUCAAAAGAAAAACCGAAAACCGAUAUCAAUAGUAACUGCAGAGAUCGCGAAAUAGUAGAAGUAGAGAUAGCAAGCUCUAAUGAAAUAAGUAGUUAAAUUUUUUCUCAUUUUUUUACAAAGUCUAUUAUUUUUGUUUCAUUCUUUGAUAUAUCUAUUGAUGAAAUGAAAUGAGGAGUGAAACGAUGGCAGACAACGUUUUCAAGUUGUCAUAUAGAGCAAAGUGAAGGACUGCAAUCCUUCGAUAUUUAUCAAGCUGACUCUCUUUAGCUGUGUAAAUAAAUACUCAUUGUUUAGAGAAGAGAGAGACGGAAUGAAAUGUAAAUCUUUCGGUGAAGUCGAGGAAGAAACAAAAAAAACAUGCCAAAUGUACAAGUUAUUGAGAUAUUAUUAUUCUUAUUAUUAUCGUAACAAGCUAAUAGAAAUCGUUAAGUGUAAGUUAAACCCUCCCGCCUGUGGUAACCAUUAUCCAAAUAAGGCAGAAACACUGAACUUUGUGAACUAUAACAAACAAAAAACUAUGUGCUCAGAUCUCGUUUACGAUACAUUCUCCGUCAUAACGGAACGACAUUCCACCAAAGAUCAAAUGCGCUUUCACCGACAACAACUAUUGCUCCCGUUUGUAACUUCCCCGAUCAAACAAAAUUGAUACAGGAAACAAUCUAAUUCACUUACUAUGAAAUAAAGCCAAACAUGAAAACAAACGAGCAGAGAGAGAGAGAGGGAAUACACAAAUGAAUACAAAGCUCAACAAAUCGUCGAAUCUCAUUUGUAAACACACACACAUACACGAAGCGAUUGCGCAAUCGACAAUCGCCUCGCGAUUAGGUCGCCGCAGACAUUUUAGGUUAAAGCAAAUUCGGAUCCAACUUUAGAAAAGUUGAGUAAUCAUUUGACGAGAGAAAGAGAGAAAAACACAAGUUCAAUGUGAUUAUGCAUAUAUUCCUAGAGGAGAAACAAUUCCUUGGCAAAAUGUAAAAGUAAAAAACGUAGAGCACCCGUAGUGCUAAAUUGGAACGAGAAAAUUCGACACAAACAUUCGCGUAUUGUAAUGAAUUAUUAAAUGAAUUUAAGCAAAGUAAAUAAACUGUUAAAUUUAAAGAAAACUAAAAAAACUAAUUAUGAUAAUUAUUAUGGAUAAAAUAUUGAAACCAGAGAUGACAACUUAGAAGUAA